ACACACUCACACACACUCGUUACAUUACUCUCGGAGCACUGCUCCAGCUAGGAAGUCGGUCUGCGGCGCUUUCCUCCUCUUAUCCUUUUGGUUUUACGACUUUCGAUUUCGAUCUCCUUUCAGUUGAAGGAUGUAUUUUAUGUCAGUCGGUGAAUUAUUAUAGGUAGCGGGAUUGUCUAAGAAGUAUUUCUGCGACCAUUCUUCAUAAACCGCGCAUCACAGUUGACUUUUAAUUCACGGUUUAAAUCACGUAAGGACUGGUUAUCCAGUAGGACCACCGGCCACCGAGGGACAUAUUUUUACUUAUCAGAACCCACUUUUACUUUUUUUUUCUGGAGCAAGUUUAUUUCGCAGAGACCUCCUCGGCGUACUGAACUGGUAGCCUAUGAUGAUAUUUUAACUUGUGCGUUCUCAAAGUGCCGCUGCUCCAGCGAGCACCCAUCACCCUUCAUACCACCCUCAGUUUGUUGUAUUUAGCGCGAGGCGCCUUCGUAGUAGCCUGCUAUUUGAGGAGACAGCACGAGCGGACACUCCCCUGUCGCUUUGAUCAGAAACACUAACAACGUGCGCGCACGCUGUUUUGAAAGAUCGGUUGCGGUGACGCAGCCAGGACGAUUUCCACUCUCCAGGUUGGGAUUUCUCGGUGAGCUUGUUCCUCAGUUUGGUAAGUUCCAGAGCUGUCUGAACCGCCACCAUGCCACAGUUAGCAGGCGGAGGUGACCCGGAGCUCUGCGCCACGGACGAGAUGAUCGCCUUUAAAGACGAGGGAGACCCACAAAACGAACAGAUCUUCGCUGAACUCAGUAACUCAGAGGAAGAGGGGGACUUGGCGGAUAUCAAGUCAUCGUUAGUGAACGAGUCAGAGACGAGUCCAAACAGCAACAGUCAUGAUGGUGGCAGACAGUCAAUGCAAGACUCGUAUCACGAAAAACACAGAGAUCUUUCUGAUGAAGGGAAACUGCAGGACCUGUACAGUAAAGGCCACCCGUACAAUGGCUACCCGGGGUACAUCAUGAUGACCAACAUGAGCAACGACUCCUACAUGAACAACGGCUCCAUGUCACCGCCCAUGGGAAGAACGUCCAACAAGGUUCCAGUGGUCCAGCCGUCCCACGCCGUGCAUCCCCUCACCCCGCUGAUCACGUACAGCGACGAGCACUUUGCCCCCGGGCCCCACUCUGGACACCACCCCCAGGAUGUCAACAACAAACAAGGCAUGUCGAGACAUCACCAUGGAGGCGACAUGCCCAACUUCUACUCUCUGUCCCCGGGGGGAGUGGGCCAGAUCACCCCACCGCUGGGCUGGUUCUCUCAUCACAUGGUCCCUGGCCCCCCAGGACCCCACGCCACAGGGAUCCCCCACCCCGCCAUCGUCAACCCACAGGUCAAACACGAGCCCCAGCAUGACACCGACCUCAUGCACAUUUUUGACAGGAAACCCCAGCACGAGCAGCGGAAGGAGCAGGAGCCCAAGAGGCCCCACAUCAAGAAGCCCCUCAACGCCUUCAUGCUCUACAUGAAGGAGAUGCGUGCCAACGUGGUGGCCGAGUGCACUCUCAAGGAGAGUGCCGCCAUCAACCAGAUCCUGGGCAGGAGGUGGCAUGCGUUAUCUCGGGAGGAGCAAGCUAAGUAUUACGAGCUGGCCCGGAAGGAACGGCAGCUCCACAUGCAGCUCUACCCCGGAUGGUCUGCCAGAGACAAUUAUGGAAAGAAGAAGAAGCGGAAGAGGGAGAAGAUCCAGGAACCAGCUGCAGCGUAUUUUCUGCAGGUACAGGCCAGAGAAUGAAAACGGCGUACAUCUGAAACCCCAAUGGAGGAAAGAGGAACACUUUCUCCACAUGCAAAGCCAAGACAGCGGAUACUGGUCCAUUGCUCGAGAUGGAAGCCUGUUAGAUCCCCUUGAAGACCCCAAACCCCUGAAAACCCCAUGCCUCCAAAUCUCAGAGACCUGACCCUGACCCCUUCCUCAACACAAGCCCUCCCCCCACACUCCACUAUCCACCCCCAAUCCCCAGACGUCCUCCAAAACACACUUUUUAAAAAUCACCAAAAACAACACUGUAUGGUGUUUGACUCCCUCACUGCCGCCACCUGCUGUAAAGACCAUGCACUGCAACUGAACGAGACAAUCAGAACCAGGAAUCCCACACCUGAAUUCAUACCCGAGAAAAACUAUUUCACUCAUAACAGUGCCCAAAAAAAUAAACACAGAGAAGAGUAGAAAUAAUUAGAUGUUGGUCAUAUUUUUUGCAGCUUUAUUCACCAACCCCUCGAAACACUGCACUGAAACACAGCAGCCAUUUUGACUUGCACGCAAGUGAAAGCCUCUACCUACUCACCACCAACACAACAAACACUAAUGACACACAUUGUUCCUAAGUUAUUUAAGUAUAAGUUAUUUGUCACCGUGGUUUCCUUCCUUUUUGUAUAGACGACGACGUUCGGACCCCCAAUACUGUACAACCCAAUCCCCCCACCCUCCCAACCACCACCCUCUCUCUCUUUGUACUCAUCUCACUGGAAAUGAGAGACCAUGGCUGGGAUUCAGCCCGGCCAAACUCCUCGUUGAGACUGCACUAAAGGAAGAUGGAUGAUUCUCCCAUCUUGUCAACUAAAACGUCCGAUAAAAGACGCCAUUUUGUUCUCUUGAUGAGCGCUUGGUGCAAAUUAAAACAAAAAAAAACUCUAAACAAAAAAAAAGCAUCAACGUCCUGAUUUCGCUUAUCAUUUCAGACUGAGUUUGAUUUAUUUUGAAUGCUUUAUUUUGUAUCUUGAACUUGUUUCAAUUUCUUGGUGUAUAUUUUCUGUGAUUGUUUGUUUUUUAUAUUUUGAUUUUUUUUAUAUAGUGGUAUAUAUGAAAAAUAAGCUUUGGACACAGGAAAGCCAUUUUUUCUUGUUGAAGCGUCUUGCAGAUAAAUGAUGAUGUAAUGCUUCUUUUGAUAACUAUUUGUAACAAAUAGUGACCUCGAGUCUCAGAUGUAAAAUAAUGCUCAAUAUGUGUACUUUUUAAAACUGUCAGGAUAUGUCACUUUUCUUGGUAUUUUUGCAGGCAACAUAAGGACAAAGGCAAGAGUAAAAGCUCAGAGGCCUCUAUUUUAUUGUUCUCAAAACAAGUCAAAUGAAGCAGAUAUAUAUAGAUAUAUAUUUACCCCAGCACUUGGCAGUCGUUUCUUUCAUUGCGAUGGACCUUCGUCUUUUCUCUGCGGUAGCUAAUUGUGUGGUCUUUAGCCAUGUCUUUUAUUCCAUGACAGCAUCUCUGUAACAUUUUUAUUUUAAUGCUCUAUUUUUUAGUAUAACUUGAUGAAUUCUUUUUUUAUUCAUUGUUAUAUUUUGGGUCAUUGUCAUCUUGGAAUAGCACUUUGCUUCCCAAGUGGUCACAUUUGAACUGUUUCGACAUGUUUUUGUUUUUUUAAGAAAAAUAAAAAAAAAAGCAUCCUUGGCUAA